CUUACUCACACACGCACGCGCAGUAACACAACUUCAGCCCUUCAACUUGAUGAAGUUUCCCACUGAACUUUACAUUCAGCGCGGAUCAGUCCUCCGCUCAGCAGCAUGGCUCUAUCGGGCAAGUGGUGGAUUCUGUGCGCGCUCUCACUCUCCUGCCUCGGCUCCUGCAGAAGAGAUGGACAAGCAGAAGGAGCCCAACCCGAGCUCUUCAUCUUCAACGAGUUGUGCGCCCUGAAGGACGAGCCGGGGCCUUGCAAGGCCAUUAAGGACAGAUUCUUCUUCAACGUGGACACGGGACACUGUGAGCCGUUUGAAUACGGAGGCUGCGGAGGGAACGCCAACAACUUUGAGACCAUUGAAGCAUGCAAGGAAACGUGUGUCGUCUCAGACGACAAGAACCCCUGUCAUCUAGACGUGGCCUUCGGCCCCUGUCGGGGGAUGGUGAAGCGCUACUUCUUCGAAAGCACGAGUCAGGAGUGCAAGCAUUUCUAUUACGGCGGCUGCUUCGGCAACGCCAACAACUUCAGGAGCCUGGCGGAGUGCCAGGCGAGAUGUCCGAACACAGUAAAACCCACCGAGGCACCAGAGGUCCUCGCACACACUGCUAGAAGAUUAGCUGUUGUCCAGCCGACCGAAGUACCUGAAAAACUGGCUCUACUUCAACCUCAAGUGCAACUGAAUUACUCUAAUCAGGAGACAGAAGAGAGGAAGCACAAGGGGGUGUGCUUCAGUUCAUUGGACACAGGAACAUGUGACGGUGCCGAGAAGAGAUUCUUCUUCAACUCCAAGGCCAAGAGAUGCCAGAUGUUCCACUACAGUGGAUGCGGAGGAAACGGGAACAACUUCAUGUCCCGGAAGCACUGUUUCAGAAAGUGCAUUAGAAAUGGUCACGGGAGCCCGAUGAUCCGGAUAAGGAAGAAAAACCUCGGCAACAUUGUUCAUCGCUCGGUCUGAACACUGCCUCAGAUCCUUCACUACUGAGAAGUCACCUGUAUUUAUGUCCAUAUUUGUAUUUCUAGCUUUACUCCUGCAGGUGUUUCACGGUGCAACAGUACUUGUGUCCGACCAACCUCUCGUGCACCUGACUUAACUUUGUAGUGACUGAAUCAUUAUGCGUUUCAAUAUCUCAGAGACAAAAAACGUACGUUUGGCUGAUUUAAUAAUGCAGCUCUUUACACUAAUGUUAUGCAUAUCAGCUCUUUUGCGUGUGAAUAUUAUGUCUUUAAUCAAACAGUUUCAGAACUGUGUUGCCAACGUACUGAUAUAAACCGUUUUACUGCGACUUUUGAGAAAAACGCCAAAGUUACUCUAUGAUUUUUGUUCUGUGACUGUGCUUUUUCUACGGUGUUUUUAUUGGUGAAGCUCCACUAUUGUUUAUCAAUGUGAGGAGCAGCGUUAGCAGAUUAAAGCAGCGGAUUAUCCUUGUUCCAGGAUCAAUGACAACAGAACCAAAUGCUCUCAAGCAAAACCAUUCAUCACGAGGACCAUGUCCUCACGGCUGUAAAUCAAUGUGAACGAGGUAGCGACUGCUUUACUCUUGUCAGAUAAGGUUAAUUAUACAUGAACUUUUAGUUUUUUUCCCCUUUUAAAUCAAUAUAAUGCAGCUUUAUAAAUGACUGUAUUGUAUUGCUGGUGUUGUUGUUCUUUGUUGUCGUUGUCGAGUUGAAACAGAGGGGGGCAGUGUUGUGUAAGGUAAGUUUAUGGCUGUAAAGAACUGGAGAGUCAGAUUUCAUCAAAUAAAUUUACACUAUAUUCCAA